GCGUCUCUCCUUUGCAAUCACGCCUGUCUCAUAAUCAAUAUACAAAAGGAAGGGAAGUGGAGUCAUCAGUACUAAUUUUGUGUUAAUUAAACAAUGUAAUUAUGAAGCCUUCUUCCAUCUUAAGGGCAUCGAAUCUCUAUAUAUGCCUACAUACGGGUCUUUGUCUUCCGACCCUAGACAAGGAUUGAGAGAAGGAUCGAUGAUGGAGGAGGAGUGGGAAGCCGAGAAGGCGGAGGAGAUCGAUUACGUGUUUAAGAUUGUGGUGAUCGGCGACUCGGCGGUCGGGAAGACGCAGCUGCUCGGCAGGUUCACCAAGGAUGAGUUCUACUUCGAUUCCAAGUCCACCAUUGGAGUCGAAUUCCAGACUCGAACCAUCACGCUCAACAAGAAACGCAUCAAGGCACAAAUCUGGGACACUGCUGGCCAGGAGAGGUACCGAGCGAUCACGAGCGCGUACUACCGCGGCGCGCUCGGGGCGAUGCUGGUGUACGACAUCACCAAGAGGGCGACGUUCGACCACGUGGCGCGAUGGGUGGAUGAGCUGCGCGACAACGCGGACAGCUCCAUCGCGGUGAUGCUGAUCGGCAACAAGUCCGACCUGGCCGACAAGAGGGCGGUGGCCGCUGCCGAUGCCGUGGAGUUCGCCGAGGAGCAGGGGCUCUAUUUCUCGGAGGCGUCGGCCUUCACCGGCGACAACGUGGAGGCCGCCUUCCUGCGGCUCCUCGAGGAGAUCCACGGAGUGGUGUCGAGGAAGGCGCUGGAAGCGAGGAGGAACAAUGCCGUCGACGGCGGCGCGGACGCCGGGCAUGUGGUGAGCUUGAAGGGGACGAGGGUGGAGGUGUCGAUGAUGGAGACGAGUGCCAUGAGAACAGGAACGCAAUGCGGCUGCUCGAGUUGAGCAGGCCGGCGUAUGGAGUUGGUUCCAAAGGUUUGCAGGAUAGUUAAGGCAUGGGGUUACUGGUUUUUUGUUAUUUUACCUCCUUCACUUUUAAAAAUAUUAUCAAUUCCCAUAAAGAAAUAAAUUCAGCACCGAUCAA